GGGGUGUGUGGGAGGAGUCAGUGUUGUGUAGCUGUAUUUUUCUGUGGAGACUAGGGGGUCGAGGUAGACCACUAUAAGAGAUAAGGGGAGAGGAACAGUGGGUGUUAUACCAUAAAUAUUUGUAUUUACUCAGCCCAGCAUUCCUUCAUCGAUUCUUGCUGUGACACUGGUGCUCUGUUAGUAGUAAGGCAGAGAAGGAACGGAAGAGAGGAAGGGACAGAGAGGGGUGAGUGCCCGGGAGAUAGGUGAGUGUGAUAAAGCAAGGUAGAGUGAAAUAGGAAGAGAAAGAGAGCGAUGGAGUGAUCGGGCAAGCAAGGGAGAGACGGAUAGAGAGAGCGCGAGACAGAAAGAGAGCGAGCGAUACGGAGAGCGCGAGGCAGAAAGAGAGCGAGCCAUUGGGAGAGCGACAGGAAGAAAUAGACCGACGGCGGCGUCUGAACCCGCCUCGCUAUUGAUCUUGAAGCGAUCAAGGGUGCUAAACUGAGGUCCGCCACGCCGACCAACAGGGCAGUGAUGUCAGGGUCACACCCUUCUGCCAAUCAGACCUGGGAUUCUAAGACGUUCUGUGUUCGGUUGCACAGAUAAACCAAUCACGUGCAGACGUGGCUCUCUGCAUCCUGAGGAGUCCAGGUCCAAAGGAACAAUCAGACAAAGGAUUACUGGCCCACGUACCUGGCCAAAAUCAACCAAUCCAGAGGAUGGCAAGGAUUAAUUGCUCCUCCCAAACGCCCAAUCGGAUUGCAGAUUACUAACCACAUCAUUGGAUUGUAUAUUUUUUGAGGGGAUUCUGAGGAACUACAGUUGCAGCCAUUCAGAGACUGAGGAAGACUGGGGCAUCAGGAGUUGGGCGAAGUGAUAGGCUACUGAGUCCGAUGGGGGCGUGACCUGUGGUUGUGACCCGGUCUGACCCCGGCUGGUUUGACUUUGUACCUGUAACCCCUGAACUCUGGUCCUGGCUCUCCAGCUGCUGUGCUGCUUGGGUUCCGGUCCCAUCCGCUCCGGGGGAGGGACCAACAAGAACAAUCAGCCAAUCGCAAUGAAGAGGAGUCGUAGUGUGCAACGCCUGUCGGUGGCCGGAGAGGAGGAUAAUGACGCUGAUUUAUUGGACUGUGCUGAGAAGGCGGAGUCAGGAAGCUACAGCAGUUCCUAUACGUCAGGGGCGACAUUGGGGGCGGAGCUACGAAGGGGGAGGAGCAGGAGGCUAGCCUCCAGUCUGCAGGUUCCAUGUUGGCUCCGCCCCCGAGACAGGACACGCUCACCUGAGGUCUUGAAUAACGUGUCACGACCUACGACCCUGCCGCUUUGCAUACCACCACGCAUAGCCAUCACACCUGCAGAUGUAGACUGUGAUCUGCAGAAUGGGGUGUCUCCAGCUCACACUCCUCUGGGCUCCCAGAGUCCCAGUCUGACCCUUCACCCCAACUUCCCCCUGGGGGGGCGCCGCGAGUCCUUCCUCUACCGCUCAGACUCCGACUACGACAUGUCCCCCAAAACCUCAGUCUCCCGCAACUCCUCUAUUGCCAGCGAGGGGCAUGUGGGAGAAGACUUUAUUGUUACUCCGUUUGCUCAGGUGUUGGCCAGUCUGAGGUCAGUGCGGAGCAACUUCACCCUCCUCGCCAACAUUUCCACGACAACCAUCAGGAGGUCGUCAAUGGGCUGUGUGGUGUCCCCCAACCCCAGGACGGCCAUGUCGGAGCAGCAGUACGAGCAGCUAGCUCUGGACACACUGGAGGAACUGGACUGGUGUUUGGACCAGCUGGAGACCAUACAGACCCACCGCUCUGUCAGUGACAUGGCCUCCAACAAGUUUAAAAGGAUGUUGAAUAGGGAGUUGUCUCACUUAUCAGAGAUGAGUCGUUCUGGGAACCAGGUUUCUGAGUACAUCUCCAGCACCUUCAUGGACCAGCCCAAUGAGGUGGAGCUGCCUUCUCCUACUCUAAAGGAGAAGUCUAUGAGUCAGAUCAGUGGCGUGAGGAAGCUUUCCCACAGCUCCAGCCUUUCUUCAUCUGUGCCGCGCUUUGGAGUCAACACUGAACACGAAGACCAGCUAGCUAAGGAGCUGGAGGACCUUGAUAAAUGGAGCUUCAACAUCUUCAGGGUGUCAGAGUUUUCCAACAGCAGACCUCUCUGCUGCAUCAUGUAUUCCAUCUUCCAGGAGCGAGAGCUCCUCAAGACAUUCCGUAUCCCUGUUGAUACCUUUGUGACCUACGUGAUGACUCUGGAGGACCAUUACCACGGCAACGUGGCCUACCACAACAGCCUCCACGCUGCCGACGUCACCCAGUCCACGCACGUUCUUCUCUCCACACCCGCACUCAACGCUGUGUUUACAGACCUAGAGAUCCUAGCUGCCCUGUUUGCUUCAGCCAUCCAUGAUGUGGAUCACCCUGGUGUCUCCAACCAGUUCCUCAUCAACACCAACUCUGAGCUGGCCCUCAUGUAUAAUGAUGAGUCAGUCUUGGAGAACCAUCACUUGGCCGUGGGCUUCAAGCUGCUCCACCUGGAGAACUGUGACAUCUUCCAGAACCUGACCAAGAGACAGCGUCAGAGCCUCCGCAAGCUGGUCAUUGACAUGGUGUUGGCCACAGACAUGUCUAAACACAUGACUCUCCUAGCUGACUUGAAGACCAUGGUGGAGACGAAGAAGGUGACCAGUUCAGGAGUCCUCCUGUUGGACAACUAUACAGAACGCAUACAGGUCCUGAAGAACAUGGUUCACUGUGCAGACCUCAGUAACCCCACCAAGCCUCUGGCAGUGUAUCGGCAGUGGACUGAACGCAUCAUGGAGGAGUUCUUCAGACAAGGGGACAAGGAGAGGGAGAAAGGCAUGGAAAUCAGUGCCAUGUGUGACAAACACACAGCAUCAGUCGAGAAGAGCCAGGUGGGAUUUAUAGACUACAUCGUCCACCCCCUCUGGGAGACCUGGGCAGACCUGGUCCACCCUGACGCCCAGGACCUCCUGGACACCCUGGAGGAGAAUCGAGACUGGUACCAGUCCACCAUGCCUCAGAGCCCUUCUCCUCCUUACGACAAACACCUGCUCACAGACCGCUUCCAGUUUGAACUGACCCUUGAAGACCUGGAGCCCAAUCAGAACCACAUACAGCCAGCCAACGGGUCCGGACACACAGCCAGACAGGAGAACAGGAACCAGGGCCACACAGAGGAGAACCACACAGCCAAACAGGAGAACGGGGACCAGGGCCACACAGAGGAGAACCACACAGCCAGAAAGGAGAACGGGGACCAGGGCCACACAGAGGAGAACCACACAGCCAGACAGGAUAAUGGGGACCAGGGCCAUACAGAGGAGAACCACACAGAACCAGGUUCGGAGGAGAACCAUGUUCUGGUAGAGGAGAGCGGAGAGAGGGGGAACCAGUGCAGAGAGAAUGGAGUAGAUAAACAUGAGGGAAAAGAGAAGGAAGAGGGAGACGAGAAGGAGCAGGGAGAAAAGGAGGAGGAAGAAGGAGGUGGAGUGGAGGAAGAUGUGGAGGGAGAAAUGAAAGAUGCGGAGGAGGGGGAAACAACAGAAAGGGAGGAGGAGGAGAAAGAAGAGGACCAGCCAGAGGAAGACAUAGUGGAAAUAGAUGAUGAAGAGGAGGAGAAACAUGUGGAAAUACUAGAGGAAGAGGAGGAUAAACAUGAGGAAAUACUAGAGGAAGAGGAGGAUAAUCAGGUGGAAAUAGAAGAUGAAGAGGAGGAUAAACAUGUGGAAAUACUAGAUGAAGAGGAGGAUAACAUUAAGGAAAUACUAGAGGAAGAGGAGGAUAAACAUGAGGAAAUACUAGAUGAAGAGGAGGAUAAACAUGAGGAAAUACUAGAGGAAGAGGAGGAUAAACAUGAGGAAAUACUAGAGGAAGAGGAGGAUAAACAGGAGGAAAUACUAGAAGAAGAGGAGACUUUAGAUGAAGAACAAAAGGACAUGAGCACUAGCCCCCCGCCCGCCCGCCCGCGCCCCCCCCCCCGCCGCUCCAGGACCCCGCGCCCUGGGCAGGGAGGGGAUUGGCCACUAUGA